AUGGACUUCGAGGAUAUCGAUGAUAUCGAGGACAUUGAGGACAUCCAGAAUGAACAUUCAGAAAUAUCAAGGCGAUACAUUCGAGACGGGAGUGAUCCGUUUGAUUGCUUUGACGAGGACGAAUUCCGUAGACGCUACCGUUUCACGAAAGACUCUGUAUUAAAUGAAAUUUUGCCUAAAAUUGAAGCAGGGCUACAGAAAAGUAAUAAUCGCGGUUUACCGAUCCCUCCUGCGAUGCAGCUCUUAAUUUGUUUGCGGUAUUAUGCUACUGCAAGUUUUCAACUUAUUCUGGGAGACACGAUGAAUGUUUCUCAGCCCACAGUCUCCCGCAUAGUGUUUAGGGUGCGUUCACUAAUAGGCAGUCUGAUCACAGAGUAUAUUAAGUUUCCCAGGGAUCCGGACAAUUCCACUCAAAAUCGCAGGUUAUUCAAUAAUCUGGGACACGGAGACGGAACUAUUGGUUUACCAGGUGUGGAUGGCGCUAUUGAUUGCACCCACAUUAGAUUAACAGCAUCCAGAUUCAACAACAUGGAAGAACUGUACCGGAAUAGAAAAGGAUAUUUUUCAUUGAAUGUUCAGGUACUAUUGGGCCCUUGUAUGGAAUUUUUGGAUAUCGUACCAGAGUGGCCUGGCAGUGCUCAUGAUAGCAGAAUUUUUCGUACAUCCCGAUUACACAUGCGAUAUGCGACGGGAGAAUUAGAUGGAAUCCUUGUCGGGGAUGGUGGAUAUCCAUGUCUGCCUUUUACAACUACUAGCUGA